CGUCUUACAGGUCAAAGCUAUUUUUCGGCCAGCAGCAACAGUUACACGAGCUCGGUUACUCGUUGGCAGGGUUUAAAUCUCCCAGUUAUUUUAAGGCAAUGAUUCGCAACUAAUUACCGAGUCAUGGAGUCGUCGAAGAUGCGCCCGGGCUCCAAAACGUUGGCGUUUUCCUCAAUAUUUCUCUCCCUUGUUGUCUGCUUUGUAGCACUGGUUCACGUCGAGGUCGAACUUCAUGCUCAUCGACAAAUGCUUCAAGUCUUAAGUCAACAAAGAGCGGACAAAAUUGAACCACGCAAAACUGUUCAAAAUGAGCCGAUCACCUCGUCCUUUCACAGAAACUCUGUUGAAGGUAGGUUGCGUCAUUUCUUAUAUUUUAUAAACUAUUCACUGACUGAGACAUAGCGUCGAGGAUGCGUCGCAUAAAUUUUUUCGUAGGAAGCUAUUUGACCUCGUUUUGUGUUUAUCUUUUGACAUGAACAAGGUAGGGAACGUCCAUUGACUCCAAUGAAAAGAGCGCCCUAAAUUAGUAAAAGUGCCAAGUUCGAAUGUGAUUUGUUGAAAACUUGCUAACGAAUUCGAAGACAUAGCUCCUCAUGAUCAAUGUCUUUAAGACAUUCAAUGAAUGGUGUACGUUUGGUAUCAAUAUCCAGCAACUAGCAGCAGCAACUCAGCAACCCGCAGCAGUUUGAAAAAUAUAACAUUAUUUCCUGAUACUGAAAAAAGUUUGGUUUUUCAUAGUGCGCAAUUUAAGGGAAUCUUUGAUCUUGUAUCCGUUUCAGCUGUUGUGCUAUCGAAAAGACUUAAUUGUCUUUGUCUGAAAGGAUAAAGGAUUGUCGGUUACAUAAGGUCACAUCCGAGAUAGUCAUAUUACCAUCAAGUUAAUACGCAAUAGAAACACUCCCAACUUGUCAUGGCGCAAUGAGAUGCUGAUGACCGGAUGAUGAUACGUUUAACAGCAUAAACAACGUAAACAACAUUCUCAACAAAAAAGGCUUGGGAAAGGAAACCUCAAAGAGUUUGAUAUCAAAGACAUAGUAGGCCCAGGCAAAGGAACGCGGACGACCAAAGUUCCCCUAACUGAAGACAUGCGAUCAGAUAAAUAGUAUUUACGGCAGCUCCAAAAUAACCAAAGAGGCUUUUGAAGCAUAGGGAAAACCAUUUGAGAGAAUUCUGACGUAUUUGGUCAUUGGGUGCCCCUUAUCAAUUACGUCAGUAAAAAGCGAAAAUGAUUUCUUAAAAACCUGCAACAAAGUAGAGCGUUUGGGGGUGACAUUAGGCACUUUGCACGAUAACAUAAUUUUACUACUAUGCCCUUGAGGGUAUUGCUUUCUUGUGCAAAUGAGGGCUUUUGUUAUUUAGACCUCACUAGGACUACCAAGUUCAAAUAUGAUGAAAAGGAAAGCGAAAAGGAUUCUGGUCGUAGUAGUACAAUGUAUAAUGUAGCCAUCGUGCAAAGAAAUGGCUAUUAUCCUCCUUAUUUAUUAUUAUCAAAGUGUAAACAUCACUGUUUUUUUUCCUUUCUUUCCUUGUAGUUGAAGGAGUUCACAGUCGCCAGAAACGCAAAAACAAAAAUGUAAAAUACAACUCCAGUGCAACUGUCAGUCACAACGAUCGAGCCUGGCCUGCACGAUGCAUUGUCCUAGAGGUAUUAGGGGAAGACGUGGCAGGCCUGGUCCCCCAGGUAAGCAUGGUCCACCCGGACCAAGCGGGCCCCAAGGACCUAAAGGUAACAAGGGUGCACAAGGAGAUCAGGGACUACCUGGGCCUGAAGGCGAAGACGGCCCUCAAGGACCUAAGGGCGAUCCUGGUGAAUCCAUCUCAGCUCCUUCUAUUGUGUCACCUCCGGUGUCCAUGGUGGUAAACGAAACUGAUAUAGCGUCACUGCAGUGUGAGUUUAAAGGACAUCCAACACCUCAGGUCACGUGGAUGAAAAAAAAUUCCAGUCUUCCUUUGGACAAACGAAUUACACAAUCACGUGGUGGACUGACGAUUCAGAAUGUGACAUCACAAGACGGAGGUGUGUACACAUGUAGGGCCAGAAAUAUUCUUGGAGUCAUGACUUCAUCGGCCACAUUAGCUGUUCAAGGUAAUUUACUUCCCAAUCCUAAUGUCCCAGUAGUCUUAGUUCACUGUCAUACAACUAAACAACUAAAAUACUGUUACAGUACUAGCAAUUAAGUAUAUUGCACUUAAGCUUCGAAAGAGGUUUGGGUCGAUCUCUUGGAUAUGCACUUGUUAGAAUAUUUACUUGCACCCCAUGCUACUAGGCCCCAGGGGAUGUCCAGAAAAGAUCGCGGCUAUCUUAAGCGGAAUCCUUGUCGAAAAUCAUGACGCUGUGAGAUUCUGAUUACGAGUAUGACAUCCAACUCCGUCGCUAUCGAAAACCAGCAUUAAAACAAAACUGUAGCCUUAGAAUUCACAGGGGCGACGGCCUUACGCUUGUUACAUUCAAUGAAAUAAAUUUUUUGUUCACUAGUAUGAAAUUACUGUAUUGCAAGGUUAACUCAAAGAAAACUCCUCAAGCGUGGCUCAAAAUGAUCGGGUGAUAUGCUCUUUCGUGUUUAUUAAUUUGCAGUUGCUACCAUGAUCACACAAAAGCCCUCCUCUGCUAUCGUUGAAGAAGGAGAAAACGUAACCCUUGUAUGCAAAGCUACUGGAGUGCCGAUGCCAACGGUUACGUGGCGAAAAGCAUUAGGUACCGUGCCAAAAGAAAAGACUACAGUGAUCGAUGGGAACAUGAACAUUGUAAGUGUAACGAAGGCAGAUGGUGGGACAUACGCAUGCUCAGCAAAAAAUCUCGUUGGAGAAGACUCUGCUGUCGCACUAGUAGCUGUGAUUGACAUGCUCGCAUUUACCCUGACGCCUCCAAUAAAGUUUGUAGUCCCUCAGUUAGGUAACUUGAUGCUCAAUUGCCAAGCCCAGGGAUCCAUAGAAAUUUCUUGGAAGAGAAAAAACCAAAAUCUUCCUCAGAAUCACGUUAUCUUCCCAAACGGAACUUUAUUUCUAACUCAGGUGACCACAAAUGAUGUCGGUACUUACACAUGUGUAGCUAAAAAUUAUCAACGAACAAUUAAGGCAUCGUCUUUUGUUGAAGUGUCAAAGAACACGUCUUGUAGCAGCAUUAAAUCAGGGCGUAGUGGAAGUUCUUCAGGUUAUUAUGUUAUUGACCCUGAUGGCAAAGGAGGCGUGACUCCGUUCAGUGUGUAUUGUGACAUGACUGACAAGGGAGGAAUUGGCGUGACAGUCAUAAGUCACGACAGCGAGAGUAGAACAUAUGUCGGUAAUAUCCCUGGAUGCGGGUGGAAUAACCCUGAUUGUUACAGUAAAGAUGUGACUUACAAUGGAGUGAGCACCGCUCAGCUAACAGCAGCCACCCGAGUGUCACAAAACUGUGAACAGUUUAUCAAGUUUGAGUGCAGCAGUGAUGUAGGCUUUGUACAGGAGUCGAUUGCCUGGUGGGUGUCACGUGAUGGAAGGAAAAUGAACUACUGGGGAGGAGCUGGUGGAUCAGUCAACAUGUGCGCAUGCGGAGUUACCAACUCCUGCUCAAAAGGUAGAAAGUGUAAUUGUCACGAUCGUAACAGGGGCUGGAAAGAAGACAGCGGUCUGUUGACGGACAGGUCUGCAUUACCUGUGUCACAGAUCAGACUGGCAGAUUUUGAUGGCUCAGACGAGGAAGGUUAUCAUACUCUAGGGAAACUCAAGUGUUAUGGCCAGGCAUGAGAUUUCUUUAAACAUUUUUGCGGUAUUUAAAAGUUAAUUCAUGCAGUUUAAAAAGGCAAAGAAAACUGUCGUGAAAACCGACAAACAGUUCCUUUUUUUCGUGCUUCUCUUUGGUGAUAGAGCGCAGAUUACUAACGUCCGAAUGGAAAACGACCCUCUGGAAUACGUCGAGUUGGUCGGAGAUUCAAGAACAAGUUUAAAAUUGACAGCAAUAUUCCAGACAGCGGUGUCUGAAUAAAAAAAAAACUUUAAAAUGGAAAAUGUCAGCUGUCAUAUAUUAUUGUAGUUUUGAAAUACCAGGAAGAAAACGUGCCGCUGAUGAAAUAGUUGAAAACGUCCUCAUCCUCCCCUCCAUUUCCCGGACUAUUAAAAAAUAUUCACCUCCUAGCGAGUGGAUAAUGUGUGAGCUCUGUGUUUCCCAGUUUUUUAGAGAAUGAUCUUUUAAAAGUCGACAAAAUUUGAGGGUUGACUUUUUUUAAGACAGGAAAAGACUUCAAAACGGCAUUUUUCCAUUUACUGUAGCUGAGCAUGGUUUGUGCUCAAUGGAUUGUUUACAACUCCCAUUUAUUCGCGUAGAAGAGGCCGUUUCUUGACCUCAGUGUGUCCUAAAUGAAGAGAUCGGACCUUGGGGCGGAACUUCCCUGUACAUAACUUCGUUGAGAGCCCCCCCGGGAUUUUGAUUUACCUCUAGAUUAUGCUUCACGCCCAUCGAAUUCCCAGACUCAACGUAACAGAGAGACAAAAAUACCUACCAUUAACUCGCACUGUGGCCGUCAUAUAAACCGAUUGCUUUUAACUGUUGUUUAGCAGC